AUGGCCACUGACACAUCCACGUUUGGCUCCCGCGCGGCUGGGCGGCCCCGAGACCUGCUCUGCCUGGGCUUCUCAUUGGUGGCAUUUCUCAAGUUUGUCCCCUCUCAAGUCUGCCCCAUCCAGAAAACCAAACACCUCUCUCUCCUCCAUGGAAACCCCCAUCAGCACCUCUUCCUGACUCACAGGGCAUCCCAUCAACAUCACAGUCCCAAGCUUCCCACACGGACAAGCUCAUGGGACCCCUUGAUGGAUCAGGACAGCGCCAGCACUAAGACGUGCCCUGAAACUCACAGGAAGAGCGGACCAAGAAGACGGGAACAGCACGGGGCACUGGGAGCUGCAAAUGCCCACGAUACUCCCCCGGCCCGGGCGCCGCGUGCUGCGCAGGCGCGAUGUCCCCCACCACCGCCCCCCCUUGACCCGGGCGCGGUGCGCGGGCCGGGUUUCCCGCCGGCUCUACCCGGUGUGGUGCGCAGGCGCAGUCUGCGCGGGGCCUGGCGGGACUGCGCGGCGGCGACUACAGACGUGUCGGGGGUCCGAGGCCUGUGGCGGAUGCUGAGCGCUCGGCGCCUGGUGCGGGUCAAGGCGUGGCCAACAGUGUUGCAAACAGGAACCUGAGGUUUUCACUUCACUGUUGGGAACAAGAGGGCAUCUGCUAAAGUUUCAGAUUCCAUUUCUGCUCAGUAUCCAGUAGUGGACCAUGAAUUCGACGCAGUGGUGGUAGGCGCUGGAGGGGCAGGCUCGGGAGCUGCAUUUGGCCUUUCUGAGGCAGGGUUUAAUACAGUGUGUGUUACAAAGCUGUUUCCUACCAGGUCACACACUGUUGCGGCGGAGCUAGAAAAUUAUGGCUUGCCAUUUAGCAGAACUGAAGAUGGGAAGAUUUAUCAGCGUGCAUUUGGUGGACAAAGCCUCAAGUUUGGAAAGGGUGGGCAGGCUCGUCGGUGCUGCUUUGUGGCUGAUCGGACCGGCCACUCAAUAUUGCACACCUUAUACAGGAGGCCUCUGCUGCAGCUGUCAGCCUUGUCCGUGCUUUUUGUUAUCCAGACUUUCCACUGCACACAUGGUGCUGGUUGUCUCAUUACGGAAGGAUGUCGUGGAGAGGGAGGCAUUCUCAUUAACAGUCAAGGCGAAAGGUUUAUGGAGCGAUACGCCCCUGUCGCGAAGGACCUGGCGUCUAGAGAUGUGGUGUCUCGGUCGAUGACUCUGGAGAUCCGCGAAGGAAGAGGCUGUGGCCCUGAGGGAGAUCACGUCUACCAGCAGCUGCACCAUCUACCUCCAGAGCCUGCCACGGGCCUGCCCGGCAUUUCAGAGACAGCCGUGAUCUUCGCUGGCGUGGACGUCACGAAGGAGCCAAUCCCUGUCCUCCCCACCAUGCAUUAUAACAUGGAUGGCAUUCCCACCAGCUACAAGGGGCAGGUCCUGAGGCGUGUGAAUGGCCAGGAUCAGAUUGUGCCCGGCCUGUACACCUGUGGGGAGGCCGCCUGUGCCUCUGUACGUGGUGCCAACCGCCUCGGGGCAAACUCGCUGUUGGACCUGGUUGUUGGUCAGGCAUGUGCCCUGAGCAUCGAAGAGUCAUGUAGGCCUGGAGAUAAAGUCCCUCCAAUUAAACCAAAUGCUGGGGAAGAAUCUGUCAUGAAUCUUGACAAAUUGAGAUUUGCUGAUGGAAGCAUAAGAACAUUGGAACUGCGACUCAGUAUGCAGAAGUCAAUGCAAAAUCAUGCUGCCGUGUUCCGUGUGGGAAGCGUGUUGCAAGAAGGUUGUGGGAAAAUCAGCAAGCUCCACAGAGACCUGAAGCACCUGAAGACGUUCGACCGGGGAAUGGUCUGGAACACGGACCUGGUGGAGACCCUGGAGUUGCAGAACCUGAUGCUGUGUGCGCCGCAGACCAUCAGUGGAGCAGAGGCGUGGAAGGAGUCACGGGGCGGGCACGCCAGGGAAGACUACAAGGUGUGGAUUAAUGAGUGUGAUCACUCCAAGCCCAUCCAGGGGAAACAGAAGAAGCCCUUUGAGAAGCACUGGAGGAAGCACACCCUGUCCUAUGUGGACGUCAGCACUGGGAAGGUCAGUGUGGAGCUCGUUCUCACCAUAGCCCAGCACCCACACGGCCCCACCCAGGUCUGCAGGCCGGCCUUGCUGAUGGUGAACGGAGAGGAGCAGGCCAGAUUUAAAUCAACUCCUGACAGAUUUGAGGCACCACUGAAAAAGGCACUCUGA